GCGGAGAUUGAAAUAACUUGAUGCCACUUUGUCGCUGCCCUUUUUGCACAGCGUGUCUUUCACUUACCUUUUCAACGAGCGUUAGAGCACAAUAGAGCGAGCAGUUUUCUCUUUUUAAAGAAGAUUAUUCCUAUUUCUAUUGCUACCUUUUGUAAGCCCACUUGCAAGUGUGCUCAUGGUGUCGUCUGACGCUGGACUUUCUUACGAUGGCUGCCACGAACAUCACUUUACGCUACGUGCAGUGGCGGUUGGGCUAUUGAUAGGCACUGUGAUAUGUUUCUCCAAUAUGUACUUUGGACUGCAAACCGGCUGGAUAUCAAUGAUGUCACUUCAAGCGUCUUUGCUGGGUUAUGCUAUAUUCAGACCUCUUCAGUCUCGACUUCAAGUUCGUUUUAGUCCUGUGGAAAAUGUGGUGUUGCAAACCGUUGCCGUAGCCACGGCAACCAUGCCUUUGGCAGCAGGAUUUGUGGGUGUCAUUCCCGCUUUGGGUCUGUUGACUGAAGAGGAUCAUCCAGGCGGCCCGAUUGUGCUUUCCUUUAGCCAGCUGCUCUUAUGGUCCUUGGGUGUAGCUUUUUUUGGUGUGUUCUUUGCCAUCCCAUUGCGCAAGGAGACCAUUAUACGUGAAAAACUGCGUUUUCCUUCAGGCACCGCCACAGCUCAGAUGAUUCAGCUAUUGCACCAACAACCUUCUUCCACUAUUCGACCACGUCACUCACCCUCAUCAUCAUCUUCUUCCUCCAUUCGACAGCGUCAAUUUUCUUCCGCAUUUUCUGACCAAGAGCAAGCCGCAUCAUUGCCCUGUUCACCUCAAUCGAAUCGACCUCCUCGUCGAUCUUCCUCGUCUGACAUAUAUUUCCACGAUCAACCAUGGUCUGUGGCUCUCUUACCCAUGCCGAGCCCUUCAAUCCCCGAAUCUGCCCCCACUACCACCUCAAGCGAAACCGCUAGUGAAGUUGCUGCCAUCCUUGAAGAGCGCUGGACGCUCAAAUUGCAUGCACUGGCGGCAUCUUUUUCUCUUUCCUCCCUGUAUACAUUACUUUCCUAUUUUUUCCCGGUAAUUUCCGCAUUGCCUAUUUUUAACUGGAUUGUUUUUGAUACCAUCGACUUUCGUUCAUGGGAAUGGUAUUUUACACCCAGUCUGAGCUAUAUGGGCCAAGGCAUUAUCAUGGGAUUGCCGACAACCUUGUCCAUGUUGCUCGGAUGUUGCGUUGGAUGGGGUGUCUUGUCACCGAUUGCUUAUUAUGCUGGAUGGGCACCAGGGCCUGUCGGGGACUGGAAAACAGGUUCCAAAGGUUGGAUCCUUUGGAUAUCAUUAAGCGUGAUGAUUGCUGAGUCGCUCGUUUCUUUGGGUGACAUUAUUGUACAAUCAAUCCAAGCAAGACGCCAUCACCGGCCGGCCAAUACCGAGUAUAUCCGAGUGACGACGGAUAGCACGGACGUGGAGCACAUUGAGGCACAAGCUACGCGAAUCGCAGAAAGAUAUAGCGAUGAUGAGAGUGAUGAUACUCCUGAGGAAGUGAUCGAAACAAGACCUGUGGAUGUAUCCGAUGGUCAAAUAUCAAACGUAGAGGAUGACGCCCCGUCUCAUCAACUUGUACCGCUUCCAGUCACUAUAGGAGGAUUGAUUGCUUCAACUGGAUUGUGUGUCUAUGUCGUGGCACGCUUAUUCGGGACCGAAACAUUGCCCAUUAUUAUGAUCGUGGUUGCUAUACUACUGGCCAUGCUAUUGAGUGUUUUGGGUGUACGCGCUCUCGGUCAGACGGAUUUGAACCCUGUGAGCGGUAUCGGUAAGAUUAGCCAGGUGCUGUUUUCGGUUUUUAUGCCGGGCAACAUUGUAGCGAAUCUUAUAGCUGGAGCAAUCGCCGAAGCUGGAUCUCAACAAGCGGGUGAUCUCAUGCAAGAUUUGAAAACAGGUCACCUCCUACGCGCGUCACCCAAGGCCCAAUUUUAUGGCCAAUUGCUCGGUUCAUUUGUCAGUGCUUUCACUGCAACCGGGGCUUACUACCUGUACACUUUGGUCUACACGAUCCCGGGUCCUGAAUUUCCGGUACCCACAGCGCAAGUGUGGUUGGAUAUGGCACGUUUGAUGAACGGACGACCUCUUCCUCCGCACGUCAUGGAAUUUGUCAUUGCAUUUGGCGUUCUGUUUGCCUGCUUAACGUGGCUGAAGGAACGACAUUCGGAUGCCCGCUGGCAUCGGUACUUGCCGCAAGGCAUUGCGUUUGCGAUUGGCAUGUAUAAUCCGCCUAAUUUCACGCUAGCUCGAGUUGUGGGCGGAGUCAUGGCUCAUUUGUGGGAUAAAUACUGUAACAAUGGCGCACACAAUCACCAUGAGGAAUCGAUGUCUUCCAUCGGGUCAUUUUUUGAUCGCUAUCGCAACAAAGUGGGAAAAAUAUUAAUCAUCAUCAUUGCCAGUGGAUUUGUAUUGGGGGAAGGCACAUUUGCCAUUGUAAAUAUGACAAUGCAGGCAUGUCACGUUCCACAUUUUUAGACCAUAGAUCCUCAUUUAUAGAGUAUGCAUAAAGCGUGAACUUUUUUUGACUUUCGG